GCUGCUGCAGACUGCAUGGAUUACCUCGCACCCACUGCUUGGGACGCCAGGGAAUUAAGCAAAGAGGAGCCUCUGGCAACGCUCCAUGAAGUACAUCUGGUCCAGUCAACCAUCACUGACAACCAAAAACACCGUUGUCAGUUAGUGAUGGUGAAUGGAAAAACUGCCCAAGGCCUCAGGGACACUGGAGCCACCAUCAA